AUGGACAAGACUUUCGAAACCGGUAAAAGAGAACUAACGGUAUCAGAUGAAGUGACAAAACACUUUUUCUUAUAUAUUAUUCAUUUAAAACGAGCAAUGGAUAAAAUUGAUCAAAAUGUGAACAAGAAAUUAGUUGAGAUUUGGAUUAAUAAGCUAUUGGAAGUUCCUCACCCGAGCAUUUCUCUAGCAAUGAAACGUAAUAUGUACUUAGCACAAUUAGUGUUGAACUUGUAUGAUGGUAAUCUAAAAGCACCGUUUAAAAAUAUGCCACCUAACAAACCGUUGGAAACAUUCGAUGAAUUUCCAUCAUACGGAGGACAGGAUAGCCAACCAGAAGAAAUUGUAGAACCGAAAAUAGUAAAUAAAGAACUACCAUUAGACGAACUAAAUUACGUUUCAUCAGAUCAACGUACGUAUGUGGCCAUUCAAAGUUUAUGCAAUGGAGCCACAUUAUUUGGAUACGUAGCCGUUACUAUUGGACAUGCGGGUGCUGGUUCAUUAUGGAUGAAUUCUAGAGGAGAUACUAUUAAAACACCAACGCCUAAGUUUAAAGAUUUAACUGUAAAUACUACGGUCUCUCAACAAAUGAGUUUCGAUACAGAUGAUCAAACAAAUAACGGAUUAAAAAGUUUAGCGAAUGAAGUAUGGAAAGUACUAUCUCGGCGAUAUCCACUGAAAAUUAGACAACGCGCUGGAGAUUUGUAUCGCAUGCUGCACAGCGCUAUCGAACAAGAAAUGCUUUCGGAUACAACUGACUCUUAUUCAAGUCAUUGCACCGAUCCGUACGUGGAUAAAUUAAUCGAUUUCCUGAUAGAGGACUUAAUGGCUUUGGGCAUACGUGAUCCAAAGGCAUACCGUCGGCAAAAUCUAUUAUCAGCGUUAAAAAAACGAACGAAAUCCAUUAUUAUUGAAAUCGAAAAAAGACAAGGUGUUUUCGAAGAAUUAAAAAAAUCAGCACAGAUCCCUAUAAUGCAACUAUAUUUACGUCCAUCGUCCAAGUGUCCUAGUUUUAUAUCUCUUAUGACAUUAAAAGAAGCUCUUGAAGGAACAAUGAAUAGGAAAAUUAUGGAUUUGUUAUUAGUGCAAUACCCUUCAUGCGUGAUAAACCAAUUUAAGCAAUUGAUUAUUGACGAAAAAGUACGUACGAUGCAUAUGGCGAAAGUACGAUUAGACAAUAUAACGGGCGAGAUGUUCAACGAUUUGAAAAAAUCGAUAUCUCAAGGAUUGCGUGAAUACCAAUCGGCCCGUAUAGAAUGGGCAAGAGCUUGGCGUGUAAUCAAGGAAUACAAUGAAGUAUCAAAUCUAGUGUCCAAUUUAACAGUAGCUUCAAACGACGAGAAUAACGAUGACAAAUUUGUUGAAAUCAUAGAAAUUGAAAUUGAACUAGCGCAUAAACAAUUGGAGAAUGCUAAAAUAAAAACUGAAAAGAUGACAAAGGAAAUUGAGAUGCUUCACAGAAAGAUACACGAAACGAGUGAGAAGUACGAGGUCCAAAAAGUGUAUGCAAAACAGCAAGAAAACAAAUUAAAAACCGAAAUUGUUAACGAACAAUUGGCUAUACAGCAAAGAUCAGCAACUCUUAAUCACUUAAAAUCAAUGAUAUAA